CCCGGACUGCGGCCGUGCAGGUGCUGCGAGGGAGCCCAUAACGGCGAGCCGGGCCGCGGCCACGCAGGCGCCUCGCUCCCAGCGACGCGGCAGCCCCUCCAUCCCCACAGCAACGGCGCGCCCAUUUUGUUUCGGAAAUCGCCUCGCCGGCGGCCCCCCAGGCGCCUCCGCGGCAGAAGCUGCUCCGUUAGGCCGCGUGAGGCGGAGCCCGGGCCCGGGGCGGGGGCGCGAAGCGGAAAAACUGAGGAACUGUAUUUCACGAACCUUUCUAAACAGAAACAAAAGCGAAUAAUGGAGAAGAAUGGGAACAACCGGAAACUUCGGGUUUGUGUUGCUACCUGCAACAGGGCUGAUUAUUCCAAAUUGGCCCCAAUCAUGUUUGGCAUUAAAGCAGAGCCACAGUUCUUUGAGCUGGAUGUUGUGGUUUUGGGCUCCCACCUGAUUGAUGACUAUGGUAACACUUACCGUAUGAUUGAACAGGACGACUUUGACAUCCACACUAGGUUACACACAAUAGUGAGAGGAGAAGAUGAGGCAGCCAUGGUGGAGUCUGUAGGCCUUGCCUUGGUCAAGCUGCCAGAUGUCCUCAAUCGUCUGAAGCCUGACAUAAUGAUAGUCCAUGGAGACAGGUUUGAUGCUUUAGCAUUAGCAACAUCUGCAGCCUUAAUGAACAUUCGAAUUCUUCAUAUUGAAGGCGGAGAAGUCAGCGGUACUAUAGAUGACUCCAUCAGACAUGCCAUAACCAAGCUGGCUCAUUACCAUGUGUGUUGCACAAGAAGUGCAGAGCAGCAUUUGAUAUCUAUGUGUGAAGACCACGACCGUAUCCUCUUGGCAGGCUGCCCUUCAUAUGAUAAGUUGUUAUCUGCCAAAAACAAGGACUACAUGAGCAUUAUCCUCAUGUGGUUAGGUGAAGACGUAAAACCAAAGGAUUAUAUAAUUGCUUUACAGCACCCAGUGACCACAGACAUUAAGCAUUCCAUAAAGAUGUUUGAAUUGACUUUGGAUGCCUUAAUCUCUUUUAACAAGAGGACGUUGGUUUUAUUUCCAAAUAUUGAUGCAGGGAGCAAAGAAAUGGUUCGGGUAAUGAGGAAGAAGGGUGUUGAACACCACCCCAAUUUCCGAGCAGUAAAGCAUGUUCCAUUUGACCAGUUCAUUCAGCUGGUGGCUCACGCUGGCUGUAUGAUUGGAAACAGCAGCUGUGGUGUGCGAGAGGUUGGGGCGUUUGGUACUCCUGUCAUCAAUCUUGGGACACGCCAGAUAGGAAGAGAAACAGGUGAAAAUGUCCUUCACGUUCGUGAUGCUGACACACAGGACAAAAUACUGCAAGCUCUGCACCUCCAGUUUGGGAAACAAUAUCCUUGUUCAAAGAUAUAUGGAGAUGGGAAUGCUGUUCCAAGAAUCCUAAAGUUUCUUAAGUCUAUUGAUCUUCAAGAACCCCUUCAGAAGAAAUUCUGCUUCCCUUCUGUAAAGGAAAACAUCUCUCAAGAUAUCGACCAUAUCCUUGAGACCCAGAGUGCUCUGGCAGUGGAUCUGGGUGGAACAAACCUCCGAGUUGCAAUUGUCAGCAUGAAGGGUGAAAUAGUUAAGAAAUAUACCCAGCUGAAUCCAAAAACUUACGAGGACAGAAUAGCGUUGAUCCUUAAGAUGUGUGUAGAGGUUGCCUCAGAAGCAGUAAAUCUGAACUGCAGAAUUCUGGGUGUGGGUAUUUCUACUGGUGGACGAGUAAAUCCCCGAGAAGGCGUUGUUCUUCAUUCCACAAAACUUAUUCAGGAGUGGAGUACUGUUGAUCUGCGGACUCCGAUAUCGGAUGUGCUUCACUUGCCAGUGUGGGUAGACAAUGACGGAAACUGUGCAGCUUUGGCAGAGAGAAAAUUUGGGCAAGGAAAAGGAGUGGAAAACUUCGUAACCCUCAUCACUGGUACAGGUAUUGGCGGUGGAAUCAUUCAUCAGAAUGAGUUGAUCCAUGGAAGUUCUUUUUGUGCUGCUGAGCUUGGGCACAUUGUAGUCUCUUUAGAUGGACCCGAGUGCCUGUGUGGGAGCCAUGGAUGUAUCGAAGCGUAUGCUUCUGGAAUAGCCUUGCAGAGAGAAGCUAAGAAGUUGCACGACGAGGAUUUAUUGUUAAUUGGGGGGAUGUCUGUAAAGAAGGAAGAGACAGUAACUGCUGCACAUCUCAUUCAGGCAGCCAAACUAGGAAAUACAAAAGCUGACCAUAUUGUCAAAACAGCAGGGAAAGCUCUGGGCCUUGGAGUUGUGAACAUCCUUCACACUAUUAACCCCUCCCUUGUGAUACUUUCUGGCAUCCUUGCAAGCCAUUAUAUCAACGCUGUCAAAGAUGUGAUUCAUCAGCAGGCCUUGUUCUCUGUGCAGAAUGUCAAGGUGGUUGUCUCAGAGCUGUCGGAUCCGGCCUUGCUUGGAGCUGCUAGUAUGGUUCUGGACUAUACAACACGCAGGAUAUACUAGGCAAACCAUUGGAAACACAUUACUGCAGUUUAUAGCAGCUCUCUGAAAAGAGAAGUUUCUUACUGAAGUCAGCUUUCUUUUUUUAAGUAGGCUAGUAGGGUCUUCAAAUCUAUAUCUUACUUUUUUUAACGUGCUGUUUCAUUGGGUGCUGGAAGAACACAGGAUCCUGGGAAGAUUGCUCACAGGGAGACUUUCUCACACAUCUUUAUGAAACUAAAUAAUCCCUGGGGAUGUCUGAAUGCCAGACAUCUAAAAAUAAAAAUGAGAGACCUGAAUUCCCUUACUACUUCCUACCCAUGGAUUUUCCAGCUACAUGAGCCAAGACGUAGUCAUCUCAAUAACCAGAAACUGGAAUAGUCAUUAAAGAAAGAAACCUUCCAUAUGAAUGUGUGCAACGGUUCCUGCCUCUGCAGAGGCUAAAUGAGCAGCUAUAAGCUUUAUGAGAGACUACAACAAUCGUAAUGCUAGACUAGCCAGCAAUAUGCAGUGAUCAUCCAUGUAUUUAUUUGUUAAAUUAAUAUUGAAAAACCUAGUUUGGAAGAAGAGCCCAAUGAUAUAUGAUGCACUUACAAGUACAGCUUCCAAGAGCCUAGACAACGUGCUAGGAUGAAGAAGAAAGUGAUAUCUUUGUCACCUCCGCCUGUAGUGGUGUUUUAUCCUCUAAUGUGGAGGUUAAAGACACUUCAUGGUCUUUUGUUGCAGCUUCAUGUUUAGAGGACUGUGCAGUUAACCUCUGUAGUCUUUUGUGUUACGUUCUUUCUUUGCUUAUCCAUGCUGGUGGCUAGACAACUAGUUGGAGAAAGGAAUCUUGUCUGAUGUGUGUGCAAGUAUCAUUCAACACUUGCUUUGUCUUCAUUGCCUGGAUAAAUUCAACACUUAAACUGACCUUCAAAGAUGUCACAGCAGCCCAAGCACUAAUCUAUUUACGUGUCUAUUUUCUAUAGGUAGAUUUUUGUUAGGCUACCUUAUAAUGCUCCCAACAAUAGCCUCAGCUAUAUGUUACCCCUUGAGGCUGCAAGUCUAAGCAGGCUUACUCAAAAGCAAGAACUGGUUCUUUAUACAGCACUACAGGCAUGCCAAUGUUUGACUAAUGUUUGUAGUAACCAUGGUUGGAGACGUUAAUUGGAGACUGGCUGCAGUCUCAAUGCCUGCAUUCCUUGAGGUGUUUGAAGAUGCAGUUCUCUCCGAACCAGCUGUGUGUGCUGAUUUGGUUUGGUCCAAAAUGUACUGCAGGGUCAGGGUCUUUUUAACUGUUUGAAAGUCCUAAAUACGACCCUCUGUGCUUCUUUGUCUGGCCCUUGCAACUCUCUUUCGGCCACACCCUUCACUAGCCCUGCUUUUCAUGCCAAAUAGUUUUUGCUGGCUGGGAUGUGUCUUUAAACUCUGGUAAUGCUUCUUCCCUGCCCGGAGGGAGAAUAGAAAGGGGUGGGUAUAGAAAUUGGCCUACUGCGCAAAGGUAAAUUUUACUUUCAUUGCUCUGCUCACUUUGGGUUCUGCCCUCAGCCCAUCCCGGCAACAUCACAGUUCAAGCCAAGGUUUGGAGUAAUGCUGUUGAAAAGUGUGGUGUGAGGGCCAGAAAGCAGUCCUCAGAUGUUCCCCGGCCUUGGGCUGCGUCCAUUUUGUAACUCAAAAGAGUAUUUAAUUAGAUCAAGUGAGGGGCUCUACUCCUUUUCCUGAUUAAUCCCCCCACCUCCCGCAAACUGCAGGAACAUUUUUAGCUUUAAAAUGGUCACAAUCCUUAAAACUGUAUAGCUUCCUGGAUUGGUGGGGGAGAGAGAAUUGGGUUGCGAGGCAAGUGCAUAUGCCUCGGUUCUCAUUCUUUCAGCCUCAGACAGUUUAUCCUAAAAGGUAGUGUGUGUAUACUUAUUUAAAGAGUAAUAGUCACCUCUCCUUCAGGUUCAUGUAAGCUGCUAGUAGAGACUUGAUCACACCAAUUUUGUUGUCCUUCAAAUGAUGUUGUUGCCCUACAUUCCGUGUCUUCUGGAGGGCAGUCAGCAUGCUCAUUCCUCUGGCUUUUUUUAAUUGCACAAACUGAUCAUUUUUUCUGCAUAUCUCGAAACUUGCCAAAUAUACUGAAACUGCUACCUUGUAUGUGGUUAGCCACUGUGGGCUACCUCAUACGUUUUGCUGUAUGGGACCACAAAGUCCAGUAUUGGAUGGAACAAGGAGGCGCUCAAAAUGUGGUGUAGCUUUGACUUGCUUCCAAAUUAUUAAGUACAGGAACACUGAAGUUUGAUACUGGGAGGAGUGCUAGUGAUAACCAUGUAAUAUGUAAACGGAUUGCUGUGUUGUCAGUUUACCUCUGAUUUGUCUUCUGUACACACUGGUGUGACUUGCUGAAUUUUCUUGACUUGACUGAUAAGCAGAUUUGAGAGCUUUUGGUACUCACCAGCAGAAGCAGAGUUGUCUCGUGCUGCAAUUUUCAGUGCAUGGCAGUAUGCUUCACUGUCACACUUUAGCCAGCAAGCAAAGGAAGGAAGGAAGGAUGGAUUGCAAGGGGUGGGGUGGAACAAAAAUACUACGUACCCAUCUUCAUUGAGGUGUGAAUCCUGUAACACUUGAUGCAUAAAAGGUACAUUGCUCAGUUUUCUGAUUAUUAUUUUUAAAAAAACAUUGUCACAUUGUCAUUGUGGUUGUUGAAUGUGGGCUAUGUGUAUCUCAGAUGAAAUGUCUCAGAGGGAAAUGCCUAUAUUGAAAGACCCCAGAGCCAGUAACUGCUUAUGCUCUGCUCUUGCUGGAUAAUGAUAAACUGGAGUCCUCCCUUAGACAGUCUUAGAAAAAUAUCAAAUAUGUGACACAUACAAGGCCUGAAUUACAGCGGAGUAGCAAAGACAAACGCACUCACCAACAGAGGGCAAUACUGCACUUUUGUAUUGCUUGAAUUGCUGCUCCUAUAUAAAUGGUACUACUAUUUAUAUUCAAAUACCUUCAGUAGCUUCCUAUUUAAGACUGCUCUGAAUUGUUAUCACCCCCCCAUACCACAAUGAAACUUGAGAAUCAGUUUCCCUAAAUGCUGUCCAGUUUCAUGGGGGAUAAUAUGAACUUGGGGGAGGGAUUCCUUUCUCAAAUCAAAAUUGGUGUGAGCAUGUUAGCAAUGGCUGCUUGUCCACUUUUAACUAUUUCGUAGUCAGUGUUAGAAAUUAGCCAGGCACUUUUUGCGACUGGCACGGGUUCAAUUGUGACCACAUGGAGAUCUCCGGAUGACAGGCUGGUGACUGACAUCUUCACCUGGCUUGGCCCCUCCAGCUUUCUUAAGCACGCAAGCAGAAGAGCUUAUUUACUGCCUUUCCAUCCCACCUUUUUCUCUAGGAGUACACUGUUCGCCCCAUCCUCAGUUAAUCCCUACAAUGACCCCGUGAGGUAAGUGAAGAGGCUGUGACUUGCCCAAGGUCACUCGCUGAGCUUCAGGGUUCAAAUCCCCACUCAGUCAUGAUCGCCCAGGUCCAAGUCUGAUACUCUAACCACUACACCACACUGGCUUCCUAGAAUGCUUCUGCUAUGGGGCAGCUACUUAAUUUAAGUACAUAAAUAUGGAGAAAGGAAAAUGUCAGUUAGAGAAGGAUCUGAAAUCUUGUCCUUGAAGCUUGAAUUUGUUUUAUACUGGAUUGUUUUAUUUGGUGCUUUAUUGUUUUUUUCUUUAAAAUAUAAAGUGUUAUAGAAAUGAAAUAAAGAAUAAUCCACACUGUUGGGGGGUGGGGGUGACACCUAGACAUACCAUUAUGGCUAUAACAGCCACAUAAUUAUUCUUUCCAGGAAACAGUGAAGGCAUACCGCAUAGAGUAGGUUUUGGAAUGAGGGGGAACUCUGAUGGAAUGAAUUUAUGAGUUGCUUGAAACUGCUGCUUUUAUUAACUAUAUUGAGAUAAUUAUUUUUGAUUUUGUGUUUGGGGAUGUAAAUGUCCUUUAGUAUGUUAUAAACUACCCUAAGGCCUCUGGCAAAGGGCAGUAGAUCUCUUGAUAAGCUGAAUACCAACCAUGUUGCUUUUAGGGGUGGAUCAUGCCCCUUCCCUGUUAAAAAAUACAUUUGUUGUUUGACUCCUUAUGAAGUAAUCACCUUUGCCGUGCAUAAAUGGUUAUACCAGAGAAAGAUGCUUAAGUGAUGAGUGCAGAACAUUAAAUCAGUAGAGAAUUACUGUAUCAGAUUUCAUUGCCAUUUUGUUUUGCAAUAUUUUUUUUGUAACCACAAAGACUUGAGGAUGUGAACAUUGUCCUCAUUAUAGAAGCCUAGUUUGCCUCUUAAAAUUAAUUUUGUACCAUUUUACUCUUUGGCCUACCAAUUACAUUGAAAGACAAGGUUGACGUAGGUUACGUGUUAUGUUGAACACUGAAGGUUUAAAUAAAAAUGAAAGCUAUUAAGUAUG